GCCGGGCGCACCACUAGCGUCGGCCAAUCGUCGUGCGUGCGUCGCGUUUACGAGCGAUCACCACCACUACUACCGCCCUCGAGUCCCGUACCCCUAUCCGGGUUUAUCAAUCACAAUCGCUGAUCCUCCGUCCCGUCCUGUGCCGACGACAACAAACAAAACGUAGAUCGCGAACCGCAAUAACUGCCGCGAACGUAACAAUUUUAGAAUUUUAUAACAACAACAGACGAUUAAGGUUCCCGGUGGUUUCCUGUCCGUCGACGACGCAUUCCCUCCGCGACGCGUGCACAACAGUCCUACUCGGCCAUGUCGCCAAACCCGUGACGUACCGGGCACGCCGAUUCCGUUAUCGCCAUGUACCCGAGUGCCGUUCAGUGGAAAAUCUUGUUCUUUGGUUCUCGUCUGACGUUGCUGCUGCUGCUACUGCUGCUGGUGACAGGAUCCGUGCGAAGCAGUGUAAGAUUUAUUACUGAACCUAGUGAUGUCAUAACAAUUGCUGGGAAAACCAUAAGGCUAGAUUGCGAAGCUAAAUUUGAUAGUGUUGCAACAUUGCCACAAAUAAGAUGGAGGUUUCCAGAUGGACAAUAUUUUGAUUUUAUUGGAGAUACAAGAAGAUCUAUUUUACAAAAUGGAUCUUUGCUGAUAAAAAAUGUGUUUAAUGAUCAUGAAAAAGACAUAUCUGAAGGCUUUGAAGCAUAUCAAUGUGUGGCAUUUGUUGAUAACAUUGGUUCAGCUGUCAGUCGUAUAGCAACUAUAACUCUUGCACGUUUGUCACCAUUUGAGAAACAACCAACAAAUUUAAAACUUUUCCCUGGGCAAACUGCUCAUUUUUCUUGCAUUAUUAAUUCACAACCUCCACCUAAAAUAACUUGGCUUAAAGACCAUUCACCAUUAAUAAUAGAUGCUCGUAUGACUAUUUUUCCAUCAGGAGCGUUAGAAAUUGACGAUGUCCAAAAAGGUGAUAGCGGUGCCUAUAGGUGUAAUGUUACUGGAUUAGAUAGACAUAGAUUGAGUGACCCUGGAAUUUUAACAAUUGAUGAGAACAAAGAUAAUAUUAAAAAGUUAAAAGCCCCAGAAUUUGUUGCCAAACCUCAUUCAACUAUUGCUUUGGAAGGAUCAGUUAUAACUCUAGAUUGUGCAGCCAUUGGAAAUCCUAAACCAGCAAUAUCUUGGUUAAAAGAUGGUGCUCUAAUUGAUGUGGCAUACCUUGAUAGUCGAUUUAGUUUGAUUGGUACUGGUUUACAAAUAACCCAAAUCAAUAAAAAUGAUGAUGGAAAUUAUGUUUGUCGAGCAGAGAAUUCUGAAGAUUCUGCUGAUGCUUCUGCUACAUUAGAAGUUCAUAUUAAACCACAAUUUAUUCGAAAACCUAAAGACACAAUGGUUCUUGAAAAAGAAGAUAUAACUUUAGAAUGUGAAGUGACUGGUAAACCUCCCCCACGAGUUGUUUGGUUAAAAAAUGGUGAUAGAAUUAAACAAGAUGAAUACUUGCAAUUUGUUAGUGGGACAAAUUUAAAAAUAUUGGGAUUGAUGACAAUGGAUUCUGGAAUGUUUCAGUGUCUAGCUUCUAAUCCUGCUGGGAAUAUCCAGUCAUCAGCAUUUUUAAAUGUUUUCCAUGCAGACUCUUUACCUAGUUCAAACAGUUCUACAAAUAUUAGUACUGAUAUCAUCACCUCAUUAUCUGCAGCUGAAAAACCGAAGGACUUAAAAAACAAUCUGCCUUCACCACCAAGAGCAUUAGAAGUAAAACUUGUGUCAUCUAGAUUAGCAACUUUAACAUGGAUAAAUCCUCUAAAACCCAAUGGCGAUAUAUUAACCUAUACAAUAUUUUAUCAACAAGAAGGAUCAGACAGAGAACGAAUGACAAAUACAUCCUUAACAGAAAUUACUAUAACUGGGUUAAUACCAGAUAAGCAUUAUCUAUUUAGAGUAAUAGCAGUAAAUGAAUAUGGUAUAGGUGAAAGUUCGCCUCGUUUAAAAGUUAUGACUAAAGCUGAAAUUAAUUUACCUGGAAUACCUAUAAAUGUAACUGCGAAAGCAACUUCAUCUUCAUCAAUAAUAGUUUCUUGGUCUAGACCAGAACAUGGUAGUGAAACUUUAAAAGAAUACAAAUUAUUUUAUAUGAAGGAGUCAACAUCUGAAGAAAUGUAUCUUGUUACAAAACACACUGAACAUGAAAUUGUCAAUUUGAACCCCUAUACGAAAUAUAAGAUUUGGAUAGUCGCAUAUAAUCAAAAUGGACCUGGAUUGAACUCUGAAGAAGUUAUUGUUAUUACCAAACCUUCGGCUCCAACUCAACCACCCCAAAAUAUUGUUGCUGAAGCAAUUUCUCCUACGGCUAUCGGUAUUAGAUGGGAUCCACCACCAAUAUCUAGUCAAAAUGGAAUUAUAACAGGUUACAAAAUUCGGUACAAAAAACAAGAUAAAAAAAAUUCAGGAGAAAGUAUGACAACUGCUGGUGAUCAAACAGAGUAUACGAUUCCAAACUUGGACAAAAGUUCUGUUUAUCAAAUUCGAUUAUGGACUUUAAACACUGUUGGGCUCAGUCCACCAUCAGAGUGGAUCACUGCAUUUACAUUUGAGAACAACCUUAAAGAAAACACUAUCCCUGAUGCACCUACCAAUUUUAAAGUUCGUGCUUUUUCAAAUUCACUGUUGGUUACAUGGUCUCCUCCUAAAGACAAAAGCAUACUCGUUAGAGAGUAUAUACUAGCAUGGGGUAAAGGUGUUCCAGAUACUUAUGUUGAAAAAUUAAAUUCUAAAAUACGAAAAUAUGAAAUUAAGAAUUUAGAACAAAAUGCGGAUUAUAUAUUAAGUCUUGCUGCUGUCAAUGAAAUGGGCGUUAGUCCCCUUGUGUAUCACACAGCAAUCAUACGAGAACAAAAUAUUUUGAACACCUUGGAGACAUCUAACCCACUAUUACCUCCAAUUGGAUUAAAAACUAAUGUUAUUUCACCUUAUGCUAUUGAGGUAGCAUGGUCAGAUAAAACUUCAGAAGAAGAUUUGAAUAUUGAAGAAGAACGUCUUUAUGUUGUACGGUACAACGCUUAUUCACCUAACAAUGCACGAUAUAAAUAUAUCAAUACCACUGAACUUGUCUGCAUUAUAGAUGAUUUGAAACCUAAUACUCAAUAUGAAUUUACAGUUAAAUUGAUCAAGGGCCAAUAUGAAAGCGCAUGGAGUAUGAUUGAAAUAAAUACUACACAAGAAGCUAAACCUGCAUCACCUCCAAGAGAUUUAACUGCUGUUAGAAGUGAUGACAAACCUCAACAUGUAACACUAAAUUGGCAACCACCAAAAUUUUCUAAUGGACAAAUUAUUACAUAUCAAAUAUUAUAUACAACUGAUAAUUCAAGUUCAGAUAAUGAUUGGGUGUCUGAGAUAGUUGAAGGGGAACUUAUGUCAUUCACAGUUAAAGGGCUUACUCCUAAUACAAAUUAUUAUUUCAAAAUUCAAGCUAAAAAUGCUGCUGGUUAUGGUCCAUUUAGUCCAUUUACUAGUAUUAAGACAAUGCCAGGAGGGCUUCCUUACAAUGAUGGAACAUCACUUAAAGAUGGAAAAAGUGGUAUUAAUAACACUACCAUUUUAUACAUAUUAAUUGCCUGUUGUUUGUUACUUAUAUCAUGUAUUAGUAUUGGAAUUGUUUUAUUAUGUUGUAAAGACAACAAACCUUUAAGAGGUCGCAGUAAAAAAGGAUAUAUUAAAGGCUCAACUGGUAAAAAUUUGAAAGGAGCUCAGUCACCUAGUAUUAAACCACCAGAUCUUUGGAUACAUCAUGACCAAAUGGAAUUAAAAUCUAUGGAAAAAUCUUCACAGGGUUCAUUAGAUACUAGUUCUGGAUGCGGACAAGGAAGUACAAAUACUUACGAAGGUCCUGACACCCGUGUCACAAUACACCAUGUACCACAAUCAACUAAUUCUUCAGAGAAAAGUAACUACGUAUCUUCAUACGUGGGUAAUACAAUCAUGCAACCUUUAUUACUAGAAGAGAAAACUUCAACGCUUAAACGUUUUAAACCCAAAUCUGUUUUGCCUGUUGAUACAUUUGAUUCUAUUUAUAGUGAUUCAAUGGCGUCAUUACCUAAUCAAGAAUCUCGAUCACCGUUCCCAAAAUCUCAGUAUGCAACAACUACAAGAGCUCAUGUUACAGUCGAUUUAACUGCAGGAGUUCCUGAAAAUAAUUAUAUUGUUCAAGCAACUACAGUUCCAGAUAAAUUUGAAUCUAUACCUGUAUCAUCCUCUUCAAGCCUUCAACAACAGCAUACGUCAUCACUAAACUCCAGUGAAAAAAGACAACAGGGUCAUCCUUUAAAAAGCUUUAGUGUACCUGCACCUCCACCUCAGUCAGCACCUUCUACUCCACAACAAAAGCAUAUUGUCACAGUCAGGCCACAAGGCUCUUCAAGUCCAUAUAAAAAAAAUAAUUAUUCAACUAUAAAUAGUUCACCAUCCAAUGCAUCUAUGACAAGUGGUCCUAAGGCAUGGAAAUCGCCACUUACUGGUAUAAAUCAGAGAGAUGAUGUCAUAGAAGUGGAAUCUCUUAGCAAAAUACAAACUUCCUAUAGCACAGAAGAACUCAAUCAAGAGAUGGCUAACUUAGAAGGCCUAAUGAAAGAUCUGAGUGCAAUUACCGCUUCUGAAUUUCAGUGUUAGACAUGAUAUAUAUUUUUAAUUUAUUGCUAAGUUAAUAUAAGUGAAUUUAAUUUUAGUAAAAAUAUUCCUUAGUUAAUAUUUAAGUAUUAAAUCCAUCACAUUUUCAUAAAGACUGAUCUCUAAUGUAUGUAGUGACCAAUGAAGACCACCAGAUCAAAUUUUUAAGGUCAUAAUAUAUAUAAAUAUUUUUAAAUUUUCUA